AUGAAAGCAUUGAGAAUUGAGGAAAUUCAUCCACCCUCAACUGUGGUGCUGUCGGAGGAAGUGAAAAAAGAAUUUUUCAACGCCUCGAUUGAAGCUUUGAGGAAAUGUAGCCCCUCAAUUUUAAGAAGUCACUGUGAAGAGCAAUCGACAUAUGCCUUGUUUCACUUCAUGCUGAAGUAUGUGCAGACUCCAGAGCCUCACAGCCCUGACGGUUUCAUUGAAUUUUGUGAAAAUUCAAUGACCGAUGCUGAAUGUGAGGCUUUGGUGGCUGCAUCUGCUGGGCAGUCGAAAUCAAGCCUCUGGUUUGAAGUGAGACAAGGUAGAGUCACAGGCUCAAAUAUUCACCAAGCUUCGAGAAGUUCUGGAGGCAUCAGCCUUGUAAAUUUGAUUCUAGGCGCGGUCCCUUUCAAGGAAACCAAGGCCAUGAAAAGGGGCAGUGACCUAGAACCAAUAGUUUUGAACGCCGUUCAAAAAAGAUUUAAAAAUGAAAAAAUGAGUAGAGGAGGAGUGAUUUUAAAGAGGAAGCACCCAAUAUUUGGUGCUUCUCCAGAUGCCUAUUUAGGAAAGUACAUUGUCGAAGUAAAGUGUCCUAUUUCCAAAAAAACUUAUAAAAGGUACUUUGAUAAGUCCGGAGAAAAACCAGCCAAGAAAUUUAGGGGUCAGAUGCAGUUGCAAAUGUUCAUGUCAGAUUAUAGGGAAACAUUGUUCUGUGUGGCUGACCCCUCCUUCAGUAAAAGUAAUAAUAGUCCUCGACUUGUGAAAAUUGUGAGGGAACAAUUUGAUCCAAUUUUUUGUGACAACAUGAUGUCUCUGGCUAGAAAAUUUUGGGAUGCUCACAUUUACCCAAGACUGUAUGCUGCAGUAAAAAUGUGA